UUGUGGUUGGGAAGAAAUUUAAGAAAUGUUUUAGGACAAAAGCAUAUUCGGAAUUGAAAUAAAAUAAUAAUAAACAAGUCAAAAAAAACUUAAGUUAAUUGAAUAUCCUUGUAAACAGUGAAAAACUAAAAUUUAUUUAGAAUUAAAGGACUAUUCUAUCUGCUAAAUUAUAUUAUAAAUAUUAGCAAUGUCUUUAGCAAAUAGGAAUAGUGAAUACUAUAUUGCUCUAGAAUGUAAAGAUCUGCAAGCAAAUGCAAUGGCUGUAGAUUCCACAGGAACUUAUGUAUUACUAGCAGGGAGAAGGUAUUUAGCUAUUAGGAAUUUAGACGAACAAUUUGAACUAGUACAUAAGUUUCCAAGACAAAGUAAAUAUGAUGUGGGAGCUGCAGAAUGGAAUCCUACCAUAUAUCAUAAAGAACUGUGUGUAAUAUCAAGCAACCAGAGAUUGGAAGUGUUGACAUGGAGAAAUGAUGAACUGACACAAACACAUUCUCUUAGAGCUCAUACUAGAGUUAUUACCGACUUAAACUGGCAUAAAUUUGAUCCAAAUCUUUUAGCAUCGUGUUCAGUUGAUACAUUUAUUCAUUUGUGGGAUAUACGUGAUUCAAAACGUCCAACACUAUCACUUUCAGCUAUAGCAGAGGCUUCACAGGUACGGUGGAACAGGAUAUCACCACAUUUAUUAGCUACUGCCCAUGAAGGUGAUAUUAAGAUUUGGGAUCAGCGCAAAGGUACGGCACCUGUUCAGUACAUAGCUGCUCAUCUAGCAAAGAUACAUGGAUUGGAUUGGAGCCCAGCAUCAGAAAAUCAGAUUUGUUCAUCUAGUCAGGAUAAUACUGUAAAAUUUUUUGAUAUAUCAAAUCCAAGACGUACAGAUUAUUCUUUGACAACAAAUGCACCUGUUUGGAGGGCGAGAUAUACUCCAUUCGGAGAGGGAUUGGUAACAGUUGUGGUGCCUCAGUUACGUCGAGGAGAGAAUAGUUUAUUACUUUGGAAUACAUCUAACAGAACAACCCCGAUUCAUACAUUUGUUGGACACAGAGAUGUUGUCUUGGAUUUUGAAUGGAGGAAACAAAAAUCAGGUGACACCGAUUUCCAACUGAUUACUUGGUCUAAAGACCAAACUUUGCUUGUUUGGAAAAUAGAACCUUUUCUUCAAAAGCUGUGUGGUUAUGAGGCCGAUGACUCUAAAGAUGUGGAUGGUACGGGUACUGAUAUAAUUGAAACUGUAAAAUUACCAAAGAGAACAUCACCUAAAGUGCAACCUUUACAACAGGAAUUUUCAUUAUUAAAUGUUUUAAUACCAAAUUUAGAAGUUAAAAAAAUGGACCCUGUUACAAGAAUUAUGAAUGUGAAAGCUUCUAUUAACAAUUUAACUGUUAAUUUGCAGGCCACAUUUCCUAAUGCAUAUCCAUGUGGCGUACCACCCGUCUUUCAAAUUACAUCUGGAUCCAAUAUUACUGACAAUAUAAAAACGCAACUUCUACAAACCCUAAACCAUUUAGCUCAACAAAGAGUGUCAAAAAAUAGAACUUGUUUAGAGUCUUGUUUACGGCAAAUGGUUACUACACUAGAGCAAUUGUCAGUAGAUGUUGAAAAGGAUAGGAUAUACGAAAGACCAUAUAUAGAUCCUGUUAAUGCUCUUGGAGGAUAUAAUGAUGCUUAUAUUCCUUUUCCUAGAACUUCUGGAGCAAAAUUUUGUUCGGUUGGUACAUUAGUUUGUUUUAGCCGGCCAUUACAUACACGCAGACUCUCCAAUAAACUUGAAACGACAACACCGCGAGCUCUUUCAGCUUUGGAAAAUGUUUUCACUAAGCGCUCCAAUGAUAAUAUGACCGUUUCUGCAUAUUAUUUUCAAAGACAAAGGUCUCGGGCCAAACACAAUUUUUCAAAAGUUUCUAAAGCAGUUGUCCAUAUAUAUGAUGCCUUAGGAUUAUUUUUUGUAAAUAGACAACUUGCAGAAGAGUAUAUACUUGAUGGUGAUGUUGGGACAAUUUGUAAACAUAAUGCCGCCGCUGCAGCUGUGGUAGGUCGUUGGGAUUUAGUGCAGGCUUGGACACUUGCUGAAUUAGUAGCGGGUCCUCAACAGGCCGAUGAAGAAAUGUCUUGGUCUGUUCAUCCUUUUGGAAACCAAUUGAUGCAAUCACUGAUAACACACUAUGCUACACAAUCUGAUAUUCAAAUGGCUGCCAUGCUGUGUUGCAUUUUUGGAAAGGAUCAAGAAAUGUCAAUAAGAAAAUCAUCUCUAAAGUCACUUCUGUCACCAGGGCAACUAGCCCCUGGGAAAAGGUGGUUGAAGUCAGGUGGUUCCCCUUACCAUACCAUUCCUCCGGCAGAUAUCAUAAGAGAUGGAUGGGUCCUUCCUAUGUUGAGAACUACCAGGUCUACAUCGUUAGAUAACCUGAGAAUGGAAGAGCUUGUGCAAGUUGUUCCUCAACGCAGUUCAUCAACAGCAUUGUACGAGUAUUAUAAACUCGCCUAUGCAGAAACUUUGUAUCGUUGGGGACUUCUCUAUAACAGAGCCGAAGUUAUCAAAUAUAUGUGCAACCCACCGGAACCACACAAAGGGGUAGAGUUCCUCACAGACUGCAAGGAUUGUCUUAAACCCGCUAAAAAUUGCCUUUGUAAUACUUGUAAAAAAUUUUCUUUAAACUGUAUGGUGUGUCACCUGUCGGUGAGAGGCUCAGCAAAUUGUUGUACGAUCUGUGGUCACGGUGGUCAUACAUAUUGUUUGAAAGAGUGGUUUUCCCUUAAAAAUUAUUGUCUGACAGGAUGUGGGUGCCAUUGUUUGGUGGACACGGCUGGAAUGUUCAAUUCCUAACAUCGUGUCAUCGUGAGAUGGAAACCAAAAAACUCAAAUACUAUGUGAUAAAAAAAAUAUGUAAAACUAUUAUUUAUGUUGUAAAUUAUUACUGGGAUUUUAUACAUAUUUAAUGAGUCUGUAAGACUGAUUUAUUAUGAAGAGUAACUUGUGUGAUAUGCUACUGUAGAUGUUUAUAGGUACACUUGUGUACAUUUUUCACUUAUAUCUUGAUACUUAUAUAGAUAGUUUACUGUAUGACAGUAAAAAAAAAUAUUUCUACGACAACCUCAAUGUUCAUUUAACAAGUAAAUUCAACACAAACGGCUACGAAACUGCAAAAUUAUUUUCUGAAAUAAUUCUAAUGGUUUAUUUUGGCACCUUCAUCAUAGUACUAAAUACUGAGAAUGACUCUUAGUAUUUUCAAAUUUUCAAGGUCAAACAGCUUUAAAUGAAUCUGAAAAUUUUUGGUUGCAUUUGCAAUAUUACUGAAAAACCAACUCGUGCAAAGUGAUUUCAACUUGUACUUGUAGCAUAAAUUACUGUUAUACAGAGUUUCCCACUGAAAAUGAUAACUGAGCCAUUUUGGUGGUGCAUAAAUUGGGCUUUUGGGAAUUAUAAGAUAGAAAAACGUUAAAUGGAGUAAGUUUUAGGCUAUUCUUUUACUAACUUAAUGACACAUAGUUGUCUGGGUUUUCAGAAUAUUUAAAGAAAAAGCCGCAAUAUUUUUAUUACAAAUUUUUUAUGACUAUAGAAUAUUACCAAAGUAACUUUUUGCGAAGAAUUUUUUUUUCAACAUUAUGGUUCUGGAAUUUUCUCAUUUGUAUCUUGAACAAGAACAGUAUUUUUUUAGAUGUUCCACAAGUGAUGAUUUUUCAAAUUCCCAAUUUUGAAACGAAAAUCCGAGUCUAUCCGAGUCUUUGCAAACAGUUUCUAUAACUUUUUAUUAAAUUCAAAAAUUCAUAAAAAUUUUAAAAAAUAGCCUCUGUUUUUCAAAAUAUCUUGAAAACCCAAACAGUUAGAGCUAACUCAAAAGACCCAACCUUUAUAGAAUUUUUUCCCUAGUCAAAAAUAAAAGAAUUACGAUAAAAAUAAAAUAUGAGAAAUAAUUUUGAUCUUUUCACAUUGUCUUUUAGUCAUUAAAAUAAACAAAUGAAUGUUGAAAGGUGUAGAAAUUGAUGAUCUGUGACACAUUAAUAAGACUAUUCUUUUGGCCAUAUCUCUCUUAUUCUUAGAGAUAGACCUUUCAAACAAAUGUAACUAUAUUCCUAAGAAAGCGCUGUAUGAAAGAAUAUAGAAAUGUAUGGUGUCUAUUAAAAAGAACAAACUUCAUACAAAAACUUUUGUAUAAAAUUGUCUUUUCUAUUACCCCUCUAUUUAGAUGUGAAAAUAUAAAUGAAAAGUCUGUGCUAAGAAUGCAUAUUUUUGAAAUAAAAUAAUUAAAAUAUAUAGCAUUUAUGCUUAAACAUGAAAAAAUUAGUUAACCCUUUCGCUACGGCUACAACAUAAUUUUUUCUGCUUUAAAAAUACUAUUGGGUUAUAUAUGUACCAAGGAAAUUUUAAAAAACACUGCAAGCAUACCACUGCAUUAUAAAUCCCUAUUCAAACUGUCCCAACCGUGCUGCUAGUACUAGGUAUAUAUUCGCGUACACAUCAGUCCACCUUAUUAACACCAGUCUUAGUUAACCUCAAAAUUUAUUAAAAAAAAAUAUUAAAAUUUAAAAUGUGGCAUGCUAAAAAGACAAUAUUGAAUAAACUUUGUAUUAUAGUUAUAUAAAAAAACUUAUUUUCAAAAAAAACUUCUACCGUAUUUUUGAAACCCAAAAUUCCGUGGGACAUAUAUGCCCUUUAGUGGCGAAAGGGUUAAGAUCAUAUCCUUAGCUACGUUUAUUUAUAUGAAUGAAUUUAGUGUAUAUAUUUAUAAAAUAAAUGUAAAUACAACUUUUCUAUUUUAAUUGAUAUCUAAUUGAUAUAUUUGUUCCAGCUGCUAUCAAAAUUGCAAAUUUUAGUAUAAAAUAAAUGCCCUAACAGAAACUUUAAUGGGAUCUUUUUUUUUGGUUCAUGUUUUAAAUGUCAUACAGAAUAUUAUUCUUAUCGUUUGAAAUUAAUACCUUUGUUCCUAGUGCAUUAUAAUCAGUUUCCAACAAUCAGACUGAUUCGUAUUUGAUUUGAAACAAUGAAUUUUGAACAUUAUGUAAACAUUAUAACGAAAUGUGUAUGUAUUUGGCUAUUGGGAACUGAUUUAGAUAGCUCUGAGAUCAAAGCUAAUAUGUUUAACGGGACAACCAAUUCUUAAAACAUUUCUUCUUGUUUCUGUACCAUUACAAAAGCUCUUUUUUAAUAUAUUUUUUGAAAACUCAAAAGUUUUACUUUUACAUGGCAUCCGUCAACAGAUAAAACCAAUAUAACAAAAAUAUAAAAACAAACAAAAUAUCAAAGUAUUUCUCGUUAGGCAAAAAAAUAAAAGUAGGUCUAAAGCAUUGUCUGAAGUUAUUUAUUUGUAGCAUUAAAAUGUAGCCAAGAAGUGUCCGAGGUCACACAAUAAUUUGAAGCACAUUUUUCACCGUUCAACAAAAUAAUGAAGGAGUUUUUUCAAUUUUCAUUUAAAAGUAUUAUUUUCCUUCUUCAAAAUUUUAGCCAAUCCCCACAGAAUUACAUGACCAUGAUGCAAAUUUUUUAUUUCUCAGAUUUUCAUUUUUUUAAUAUAAUCUGUGCUGUCCUAAUUUUUACAGGUUGAGAGGGUCUCUUCACUUCAACAUAUAAUAUUACAUUCGCAAGAUAUGCUAUAAAUUCAAUUUUUUUUAAUUUUAAAAGUCAUAUUUGGUGCAUCUGUAACAAAGUCUGAGAAAAGUAUGUUACCUGAAAAAUUGUUCUAAUGUUAAAUUUGUUACC